UUAACACCAGUCGGUCAUUCAAACUUGUAAGAUCGACAGUUCGGCUAGUGCGGACUGUCGCGUUCGAGUGACAUUUAGUUUUGUACUAUAGACGCUCGCGGCGCUGUGAAUACCGCGAAAUGUCAUCCAAAAUAAUUAACGAGAGUCAGCACGAUGGUAAAUUGAACGGUUUAAGUGUUGCGUUAACGGACAAAGGGCUCACACCUCUGAGCGGACGGUACAGAUCGAAAAGUUUGUCUAGUGAUAAGUUAAAUAAAACUAAUGCGGAUCGGGCCGCGAUACUGGAGGAUGUUGAGGCCCACUACAUAACAGAGAGAUCCGAGACUCCCGGCUGUUUAGUGAUUAAGAAAAUUAUGGAUCAAGGAAAUGCAACGCUUGGCGGGUUCAAAGAUGGCAAAGCGACAUACGGUUCAGACACCCCCUCCCGCGGCAGGCGAGUAAUCUUCUGCGUUCACGGGAACCCGUCCACCGGCUGCUGUGCGGUCAUCGAGACCACUGCCGAUGGUGAAGAUGGUGAUAUUAGGAACGGAAGCAUCAGUGAUGUAGCGAGGCAUUGUCACAGAUCAAGAAAUGAAGAGAUAGAUAAGCGUGCGAGGAGAAAACUUAUUAUAGCUAGUAUAUUAUGUGUUAUAUUUAUGAUAGGAGAAAUUGUAGGUGGAUACUUGUCAAACAGUCUUGCUAUAGCCACAGAUGCAGCACAUUUAUUAACAGACUUCGCCAGUUUUAUGAUAUCGUUGUUCUCCCUUUGGGUUGCUAGUAGACCCGCGACAAGAAAGAUGUCAUUCGGCUGGUACAGAGCAGAAGUUAUCGGAGCUCUAACGUCGGUUCUAUUGAUCUGGGUGGUCACAGCGGUGCUGGUAUAUAUGGCUGUGCAGAGAGUCAUCUACAAGGAGUUUGAAAUAGACGCCACUGUUAUGCUUAUCACAUCUGCUGUGGGCGUUGCGGUAAAUCUCAUUAUGGGUCUUACGUUGCAUCAACAUGGUCACAGCCAUGGCGGCGGUGGUGGUGGUCAUGGUCACACUCAUGGUGGAAACAACCCUGUACUCAACAAUAAGCAGAAGGAACGUGGAGACUCCGAUGUUGAAAGUUCUUCAUCCCACCAACAUGACCAUCAACAGACUGAAAAUAUAAACGUUCGAGCCGCCUUCAUCCACGUCCUCGGCGACUUCCUCCAGAGCUUUGGUGUCCUGGUAGCAGCUAUCGUCAUUUACUUUAAGCCGGAUUGGAAUCUCGUGGACCCCAUCUGUACGUUCAUGUUCUCGGUGCUGGUGCUUAUCACGACAUUCAACAUCAUCAAGGACACCCUACUGGUACUGAUGGAAGGAUCUCCCAGGGACGUCGAUUUCCAGGAGGUAGCCAACACGUUCAUGUCAUUACCGGGAGUUGUGAGGAUACACAAUCUUCGGAUGUGGGCUUUGUCGUUAGAUAAAACCGCCUUGUCAGCCCACCUUGCUAUACGAUCCGGUGCGAGCCCACAAAAGGUUCUGGAACAGGCGACCCGGUUGGUCCACGAAAAGUACAACUUUUUCGAAAUGACGCUCCAGAUUGAAGAAUUCAACGACGGCAUGGAGGCUUGCAGCCAGUGUAAAAUGCCGCAGUCGUGAUUGUCCAUUCCAUUGAAACUCUAGAGGCUGAUUGUAGUUUAGGAACAAGAUGCACAGAAAAAACAACCACUUACUUAAUGAAAAGUCAAACGUUUGGUAACAGCGUACCAGAAUUGCAAAAGUUGGCGUCAGAUAAAUAUAAGAAUACAAAAUAUAAUCAAGCUAAGAAUAAUAAAGUUACUUCUUAACAAACUAUACUGUGAAGUGUAGUGUAUACAGACUAUUUAUGUGGUUUAUAAAAUAUCGUCUGUCUUGCGUCAGCUGUGA